GUUCACACGAAUCACAAAAUCCCAUAAGUUCAGUUUCCUUCCUUCACUGCAUAUUAUAUAUAGCUACAGAAACCUUAAUAUUGCAAGCCUGAACCUGUUUCUUUCAAACUGAGAAUGGAGUGUUUCAAAGUUCAAAUACUAAUACUAACAAUAAUCUCACUUUCACUACUUCCAUUUCCAGUUAUUCACGGCUGGGGAACUGACGGCCAUUUCAUUAUUUGCAGAAUUGCUCAGUCUCGGUUAAGCGAAAGAGCAGCAGAUGCUAUUAAGGAACUGUUGCCUGAGUAUGCAGAAAAUGACUUGGCCAGUGUCUGCAUUUGGGCUGACCAUGUCAAGUUUCGUUACCGUUGGUCAUCUGCCCUUCAUUACAUUGAUACCCCAGAUUCUCUCUGCAAUUACCAGUAUAAGAGGGAUUGCAAGGAUGAAAAUGGGAUAAAGGAUAGGUGUGUUGCUGGGGCGAUCAACAAUUACACUUCCCAACUUCUUACCUACAGAAGUGAUUCCUCUGGAUAUAACCUUACAGAAGCACUUCUUUUCCUUUCUCAUUUUAUAGGAGACAUCCAUCAGCCUCUGCAUGUGGGUUUUACUUCAGACAGAGGAGGCAACACAAUUGAUGUCCAUUGGUAUACAAGGAAAGAAGUACUCCAUCAUGUUUGGGAUACCAAUAUAAUUAACACAACAGAAGAAAGGUUCUAUUACGCAAAUGUAGAUAACUUGAUCGAUGCAAUUCAACAAAAUAUAACGAAAGAGUGGGCAGAUCUAGUUCCAAGAUGGGAAGCCUGCAGUGCUAACAAGACAACCUGCCCAGACAUAUAUGCAUCUGAAAGCGUGAAAGCAGCUUGUGAUUGGGCUUACAAAGGUGUAUCAGAAGGUGAUGUAUUAGAAGAUGUUUAUUUCUUAUCUCGAAAACCAAUAGUUACUUAUCGGCUAGCUCAAGGCGGAGUUCGAUUGGCAGCAACUCUCAAUCGGAUUUUUCAAUGAUUAUCAGUUUCUCAGGGUUAUGGUUUAAGGUUUGGGGUUAACCAGAAACUUUCUAAAACUACAUGUUUACUUUGUUUAUUAGUAAAUUAUGAAUGUUAUAUAAAUAAUUAACCAAUGCUUGAAAAAAUAGCAGUAAGUAUUCUGCUUGUUCA